AUUUGACCCCGCCUAUAGAGGGGCGUGGCAUCCUCCGUUUCCGCCUUCCUUCCCGGAAGUGACGCCACCGCCGCCGCUCUACCCGGAAGUGCCGCCGCAGCCCCGCGAUGUCGCGCGCCACCAAGCGGAAGCACGUGGUGAGGGAACUGCUGGAGGAGCGCGUGCAGCCCGCGGAGGGGCAGAGCGUGGUCAGGGUGUUGGGGACACCGGGGAACAACCUGCACGAGGUGGAGACGGCGGAGGGGACGCGGUUCCUGGCCAGCAUGCCACCGCGCUUCCGGCGGCACAUCUGGAUCAAGAGAGGCGAUUUCCUGCUCGUGGAUCCCAUCCUGGAGGGCUCCAAGGUCAAAGCCGAAAUUUCCCUGGUGCUGCUCCCGCCCCACGUGCGCUCGCUGCAGCGCCAGGGGCUCUGGCCCGAGGCCUUCGCCCCCCUGGAGAGGAAAAACCCCCGGGAGGGUGACGACCAGGGGCUCUUUGUCAACACCAACCGGGGGGGGACCCUUGGGGACACCGGGGACAGCUCUGGGGACAGCGAGGAGGACACGGGGGACAACGAGGACAACGAGGAGGACAACGAGGACAGCGAUGGGGACAAGGAGGAGGACACCGGGGACAGCGACGGGGACAACGAGGACAACGAGGACGGGGACAAGGAGGACACUGGGGACAGCUCGGAGCACCACGGACCCCGGGGACACACGGAGGACAUGAGUGACACGAGUGACACCGGUGACAAGGCCAGGACCCCUCAGCCACAGGACAAUGGGGACAGGGGGGACAGGGGGGACACGGGGCAGGGGGACACUCCCCAAUAAAGGACGCUGGUGGCACUGGGGUGGCUCUGUGUGUCACCUCCCCCCCAGUGACACACGGUGACA